UUUCUGGGCAGUGAACAGUUGACCGGCGUUCAUUGAUUUAGUAAAUAGCGCAUGAAUUUAAAGCGCGAGCUGGUUUUGGUAAAUAAAGAAGGAAAGCUGCGUUAUUUCUCGCUCUCUCUCUCUCUCUCGCUCUCUCCCUCGCUUGUGUGCUGGUGGAGUUUCACCAGUUUCAUUCAGAUCUGCUGAACUUGUGGGUAUUCUAUACCGACCCAAAAAAGAAAAAAAACUUGUGGGUAUAUCUAUACCGACCCAAAUAAAAAAAAAAAAAAACUUGUGGGUAGCUACAGGUCUUUCUGUGGUGCCUGGCAAUAGCACAUUAGCUCACCGGAGGGAGUGAUCGUGUCCUGUUCUUCUUUCAUUUUCUGAGCAAUUCCUGAGCUCGCGGUAAAGGGAUAGAAAGCAGGAGGAUCCUGCAUUAAACGUGUUCUACGUACUGGGGCAAGAACUGGACGUGUUGCUUUCUCUUUUGGUCGUACUGGACCGUGGUCACUUCAUCUUUUCAUUGCUCUUUUGCACUCUGAUAAGCAUUUAGACUCUGGAAUAAUCGAAGGGAAUUAGUAGCAGGCUAGAGGGUCUUCUUCGUAUCUGUUUGUUUUUUCAUGUGGGUGUGGGUGCUAAUGCCUAUUUCCAGAUAGACCACCGCUUUUGAAUGGGCAUCUUAUCCCGUGAUUCGUUGUUAUCGUUUCCAGAAUCGUACUUUCUAGGUUUCUUUCUAUUAUUCCUUUCUAGCUUUUGAUUUAUGUCAUGCAUCUUCCCCAGACAGAGCCCCGCACGUGUGCGCUGCUGAGAUAGAGGCUGGCUUGAUUUCUUCCCCCGAAGAGUAAGGUUAAGCUGGUGAUUAUUAUAGUGGAUUGAGAUGUCAGAAGAACUAGAAGGAUUGAGGGGUUACGAUGACAUAAGAGAAAGAAGAACAGAUCCUGAGAACGCCGAUGACGAAAGACGGAGAUUUAAAAUUGGGACUCUUAAGAAGAAAGCUUUAAAUGCUUCAAACAAGUUCACUCAUUCCCUUAAGAAGAGAGGAAAAAGGAAGGUCGAUUACAGGGUACCGGCAGUUUCCAUAGAGGAUGUACGAGAUGCAAAAGAGGAAGGUGCAGUUCUUCAAUUGCGUCAAAAACUUCUCGACAGAGAUUUGUUGCCUUCUAGGCUUGAUGACUAUCAUACACUGUUGAGGUUUCUGAAAGCUAGGGAUUUUAACAUUGAAAAAACAAUCCAAAUGUGGGAGGAGAUGCUUAAUUGGAGGCAAGAAUAUGGAACAGAUACCAUCUUGGAGGAUUUUGAGUUUAAUGAGUUGGAAGAAGUCUUGCAAUAUUAUCCACAAGGUUACCAUGGUGUCGAUAAGGAGGGCAGGCCAGUGUACAUCGAAAGGCUGGGUAAAGCUCACCCUAGUAAGCUCAUGCGUAUAACCUCUAUUGAUCGAUACCUAAGAUAUCAUGUCCAAGAAUUUGAGAGGGCUCUACAGGAGAAAUUCCCAGCAUGUUCAAUCGCAGCAAAGAGGCGAAUAUGUUCAACGACAACUAUAUUGGAUGUACAAGGAUUGGGCAUGAAGAACUUCUCUCGAACUGCCACUAGUCUUUUGGCUGCUAUGGCAAAAAUAGACAACAGUUACUACCCUGAGACUCUACAUCGCAUGUACAUUGUUAAUGCCGGCCCUGGGUUCAAGAAAAUGCUCUGGCCUGCAGCUCAGAAAUUUCUCGACCCGAAGACAAUUGGAAAGAUACAUGUUUUGGACCCCAAAUCCUUACCUCGACUCCUUGAAGUUAUUGAUUCAAGCCAACUGCCUGACUUCUUGGGUGGUUCUUGCACCUGUUCCAGUGAAGGAGGGUGCCUUAGGUCUAACAAGGGUCCGUGGAAUGAUCCUGACAUAAUGAAGCUUGUGCGCAAUGCGGAAGCAACAUUCGUGAGACAAAUUACCAGAGUUUCCGACGAUCAAGAGAAAGUUGACUCUUAUAUUCAGAUACUCCCGUUGAAGGGUAGAGCUAGUGAUAUGUCAGCAGCUGAAUCGGGGUCAGAUGUAGAUGAUGCUUGUUCACCAACAGCGCAAAGAAGUUCUAGUUUUCCUUGUUUGGACCCAGUGCAUGAAGAGGCAAGAGCAUCAGAUUCAGAUGCCUAUUACAGCUGCCAUGAUAACUUCGUGUCAAUUAGGAAAGCCAGUGACAGUGAAAAGGGAGUGGAAGCUGCUCAGGAUCUGCUGCUUAGAAGAAGUUUGUCUUGCAAGGACCGACAGACCUCAGAAGGGACUUCCGUUGUUCAUUGGUUAGGCAACAUCAGGGAGAAGGUGGAUGUCAGGAUUGUCCAGUGUGCGGCACGAAUACUUGUCUCAUUCAUGGUCAAACUUGUUGCAUUCUUCCGCCUUUUUGCAUCUAAAUUAGGGAGAAAGCAGAAUAUCGUUCAUCCAUCUAACAUGAUAGAGAGCAACACAAACAGCCAACCGCAAGUUGUAGAUGAUAUAAAUGAAGAAGAUCGUCUCCUCCCAUGUAUAGAACGUCUUCAAAGACUAGAGAAAGCACUUGAGGAACUUAGUCAUAAGCCUACAGAAAUUCCAUUGGAUAAGGAGAGAAUGCUUUUGGAAUCUCUGGACAGAAUAAAGUCGGUGGAGUUUGACCUUGAUAAAACAAAGAGAGUACUUCAUGCUACAGUGAUGAAGCAACUUGAGAUCACUCAACGGUGGGAGAAUUUGCAGGAUUCAAAGUGUCGACAGCAAAGAAGGUUCUUCUGUUAAAUGCUUGAAGAGUCAACUGUGGAUAUUGCAAAAAGUGCAGAUGAGAACACAGAAAAGUUGGUGUUGUGGUUCAUAAUAUUGGGUUCGCGAAGCAUCUAUGGCACCCAAUGCUUGCUUUUCGCUGUUACUUAUACUCAAGUCAGCGACGGAUGCCACUGCUUCAUGGAUGUCCUGCAGUUUCGACCAAGUAUACGGAAGAAAGAUACGCCUGAAGAAAUUCUUUUUGUUGCGCGGCACUAUGUUGGUGGCCAUUUCUCACUGAAACCGAAUGUACAUCUGAGCAUUGUAUAGUGGCGAAUGCUUAAUGGGAUAGAAGAGAAAAGUGGGUGAUUGAUGGUAAAAGUAGUUGCAGUCCCUGGAUAUAGAGGAUUGCUUUUGGAA